UCUGCAACACAACCGCUGCCUCAAAAUGGCGGCCUGUCAACGUGCCAACUGAAAUGUCAGAGAUGUGCGCGAUUGAGACGCUGCUCCGCUGGGCGGGCGCCGUCCUUUUCGUCUAUGGGGCCCUGUUGGUGCUGUGGCGCCGGCUGCGCCGCCCCCACUUCGAGCAGUUGUACCGCGCGGUGGAGCUGGGCGACUUGGUGGGCGCGCUGUGCCUGCUGCGUCGCUACCCGCACUACAUCAACCAGUUCCGGCGCCCCGCCGGCUACACUCCCUUUAUGGUAGCGUGCGCCCACGGCCGCACCCCCUUGGUGAAGGCGAUGCUGCGCCUGGGCGCCGACCUGCAGCUCAAGUCCGCGCACCAGGAAACCGCGCUGCAACUGGCCGCCUUCUACUACAUCAGGCACCAGGCCUGCAAGGACGCCAGCUGCAUCCACGCGCUGUGCCACGCCGGGGCCGACGUGAACGAGCCCGGAGGGCCGCAGGCCCUCACCCCGCUGGAGCUGGCGGCCAUGUUCGGCCACGCCGCCCUGGUCAAGUGGCUGCUGGCCAAGGGCGCCCGGCCCCCCGCAGAGCCGCAGCGCCACCCCUACCUGCUGGCCAGGGCCUUCGGCCACCAGGACACCGCCCGCCUGAUCGCGCACUCCAUGCACCUCAAGCAGCUGGGGCUGAUGCCCGACUAACCUGUGAUUGUGAUCUAGUGAUAAGAAUAAAAACCGUGCGCUCA